CCAUCAAUCACAACUUGAACAUGUCUUCAUGUCUUCAACAUGUCUUCAUCAUCCAUCCUCUCGUCUCAUUCACGCUUACAUCCGACCAUCCAUAUCUCGCUCACCCAGACGCCAUCUGCACCAUGCCGUACGUCUAUGAGAUGUUUCCGCGCGACUGGCGUCAAUCUUCCUUUCCUCACGACUUGAUCCCACACACGCUCGACCAGUGCGCCGCACUGCAUACAUUCCCCCCGGUGGCUCCCACCUUCUACGACCGUUUGAAGGAGAUUGAGCUCGCUCAGCCUCAGCCUCCGGCCACCCCCGCCCCGCAACAUUGCCCAUCCAGCCGGAUCGCAGCGCUCAGCGAUUCAGGCCAGCAACCGUCAUCCUCAUCGACGCCGGGCACCCGCAGGACUCGUCACCCGACCGCCCAUACGCACGAGCUAUUCUUGCAGCUAGGUGGCCGCGUUCGGUUUCAAAGGUCAACGACGCCCAUUCACACGUUCGUCCACAACUUGCUCUCGCCCGUCUUCGCUGCCAUGGAACGCCUCUCCGACUCCAGAGCUGAGGUACUCUUGCUCCGGUGGCACGACGCCCUCCGCAUGCAGGAGGCCCGCCUGUGGGCUUUCGCGUCUCUCGACUCCGUCUGGCCUCCCACACCGUAUGCGCAGCGGGGCCCAAGCACCACGGACGUGACGUUGGUCUCGAGCCUUCCCGACAACGAGGUGGGCAUCACGGGCGAGAUCCUGGUCCCGUCAAUUAAGCAACUCGUACACGCCUUCUUUCAAUCGAAUUGGAUCGACACACUGUCGCAUGUGGUGGGGGCAGCGCCGGAUGUGGGCUCAGGGACGGCGGAUAUCGCGCUCCGUCGGCCAGCCGACUGGACCAGCCAGUCCAAGCCCGACUGGGACAACGUUGAGAAGUUUGUUAUCGAGACGAAGCUUCUUUCCCCCCAAGACUGGGCGUCCCUCUUCCGUGCUCUCGACGACGACCUUGACGAGGGUUUCAAGUUGCAGUACAACACCCGGAGGGGAUACGUGAUCGACGUCGAGGGCGUCGAAGGAGUGUGGUGUAGCGUGCUUGCUCAGAUCACGGAGGAGUUCCACCAGAACCGGGCCAAGUUCGUUCUUGUGACAGACUACGAGCGCUACGUCCUCUUCGAGCUGGAGGACAGCACCACUAUCCGGGUCAGCGAGGCGCUGUACCGUGACCGCCAUGCGGUUCCGGACGACGACGUGCUCAGGGCCGACCAGCGGGACACGCGCACGACCCCGAUGGAGCUUAUCUUUGCCCUCGUUAUGGCGGCCAAGGAGUCGCCCAACCCCGGAAUCUGGCAUGACAUGGCGCGCGUGGACCAGGCGGUCAAGCAUGACAUGGCAUCCAAGAAGGGCCUGGGCCAGCACCUGGGCAAGCGGCGGCGCAACGACGCAUCGGACGCAAGCGGCGACACCUCGUCGGCUGGCACGCCCAUGACGCUGGCGGUCACCCUCCAGUCCGGGCUGUAUGCCGCGGGCGACCGGCCGAGCUACUCCCUCCCUCUCGCCGGACUCGUGGGUGGCCGGCUCAAGAUACCCGCCAGCCGGCCCGACCUUGUCGCGACGAUCGUACCGCUCGUCAGUGCGGGCGCGCUCGCGACGGCCGACGCGUGCCCCGAGACCUCAUUUGAGUCGGAUGACCAACCGAGCCUGUGCUGGUCGAGCGACUCGGACAUCGCCGCCUUACCGUCCGUCGGCCUCACGUUCGACGAGUUCAUCGGCGGCGGGCGCACGUGGGACGCGUACGCCGGCACGCUCGCAGUUGCGCUGCCCGGCGGCGACAGCGCGCGCGCGCCCGUGGUGUUCAAGCACGCCGAGACAUCGGGCCUCGAGACAUCCGCGCACGCCUGGGCAGGGUACCACGAGUGGCGCGCCCUCCUGGGCGCAAUCUACACGGAGGCACACGUCCUCCUCCGCCUCGGGGUCUCCGCGCCAGGCGUCGCGCCGGACUUGUAUGCGAUGUGGGACGACGUGGGAGAGCCGGGGCGAGCCGGAGCAGGCAACACGGCGGUCCCGCGGUGCCACAUCGUGAUGGCGCUCGAGGACUGCGGCCACGCCGUGGCGCGCACCGAGGCCGAGAUGCGCGCGCUAGAUGCCCACACCAAGAGUGACAUUAUCACCGCGUACGCGCGCGUGCACGCUGCGGGCGUGCUGCACGGGGACGUGGAGUCGCGCCACGUGCUCCGCGACGCCAAGGGGACCAUCCGCAUCAUUGACUGGGAGGGUGCGCUGAUCGGCGCGGACGCGGACGCGAUGCAGAACGAGAUGCACGAGGUGCUCGUCAUGCUCGGCCUGGAGGAGGAGGAGGAGGAGGAGGAGGAGGAGGAGGCGGAGGCGGAGGUGGGGAAGGGGUAUGGCGUGGAAGGCGGGGAGGAAAUGGGGAAGGGGGACGUCGAGGUGGUGUAG